AUGAAGUUCCACUCUGCGAUUGUCUUGGCCAGCGCACUGCUCGUCAAUGGCAUGGCGGUUGAGCGCGCAACGGUUGAGGAAUGCCGGGUUGUCGACAUUAAGAUCGCCAUCUUACUUGAAGAGAACCCGGUGGUUGCAGAUGAUUUCUGUUCGUCGUACCUCUCCUUGGGUCCGUCCUCUGCGACAGAUAUCUCCGACUCCACCAUAUUUGUCACCACGACAAUCACCACCGCUGUGGCGACUACUACGAUUUCUGCUGCAAUCGUGACCACGACUGAAACUAGCAUCACAACCUUUUCAGGAUGCGGUAUCGAUGGACCGCUAGCCAAACGUGCUUUGGAAUAUCCACGAGAUCCCAAACAUCGGCAUGCGCAUGGUCAUUUACCAGGUCAUAAGCCUCACCCUCAGGCCGUGAAUUAUGGACAAGGUUAUGGCUAUGGUGCAUAUGGAGCAGCCACCACAGUUGCGCCGACGACGACGACGACGACGACGACGGCGACUACGACAUCUCUUUCCGGCGUUGAAACCCUCUCAUCUGCCCUGGCUGAUUUCUUCCCAGCAGACAUUUCCUUGGGUUGUGACUGUCAGCUAAACCCACCCGACGCGACAACUACUGACCUCUUGACAAUUUUUGACUCCUUCACCACUUUGACCAUUACGGAGUUUGUUUCAGGCACUGCUUCCGUGACCGAUGGCGGGCAGACGGUCACUCAUACCGCCACCUCGGUCGUAGUUGAAGAGGCGUGUCCCACGCCGAGCUCUUGUGGUAAUCGCGGCGUUGAAUGGGCCGAGUACCACAAUGAUCAAGGAUACAACGGGGACCCGAGCUAUUACCAAUUCGAUCCCGCAGUUUACAAGACGGCGACACCAAACGCCACGGGAACCACGUCGAAGAUCAAUGUGGACAGCACCUUUGCAAACACUGGAGACACCUUUCCCGUCCCCGUCUAUGAUAUCGAGGUGCCCGUAGAGCUGUUUGUCCUGAACCAUCGAGGGUACUUUUACGCUCCCACGACUGGCGUCUACACCUUUUACAUGCCCCAGGUUGACGAUGCCGGAUUUGUCUGGGUCGGGUCCAAGGCCUAUUCUGGUUGGACCAGGGACAAUGCCGAUAUCAAUUUCAUCACGUCUUUGCCCUUUGACCAACAAAAGACCAGUGUCAACAUUCAACUGGUAGCAGGACAAUUUUUGCCCGUCCGCAUAUUGUUUGUGCAAGCCCAAGGCGGAGUAGUUCUGCAGCUACAAGUCACGGGACCCGACCAUAAUCAAUAUGUGAACUGGUUCACGGAUAGCCCAUUUUUGGUUUCUUAUCCAUGUGCUGACCCAUCACUGGCAUUUCCACCAUGGGGCCAGGAGACUUAA